GGCACCCUCCCGCCCCGUCUCGUACUCUCGCCACCACUGCCGUGGCCCCGGUCCCGAUGGCUCUGUGCAAUGGAGACUCCAAGCUAGAGAGUGCUGGAGGAGACCUUAAGGAUGGCUGCCACCAUGAAGGAGCCGUUGUCAUUCUGGAUGCUGGUGCUCAGUAUGGGAAAGUCAUAGACCGAAGAGUGAGGGAACUAUUCGUGCAGUCUGAAAUCUUCCCCUUGGAAACACCAGCAUUUGCCAUAAAAGAACAAGGAUUCCGUGCUAUUAUCAUCUCUGGAGGGCCCAAUUCUGUGUAUGCAGAAGAUGCUCCCUGGUUUGAUCCAGCAAUAUUCACUAUUGGCAAGCCUGUUCUUGGAAUUUGCUAUGGCAUGCAGAUGAUGAAUAAGGUAUUUGGAGGUACUGUACACAAAAAAAGUGUUAGAGAAGAUGGAGUCUUCAACAUUAGUGUGGAUAAUACAUGCUCUUUAUUCAGGGGCCUUCAGAAGGAAGAAAUUGUUUUGCUUACACAUGGAGAUACUGUAGACAAAGUAGCUGAUGGAUUCAAGGUUGUGGCGCGUUCUGGGAACAUUGUAGCAGGUAUCAAUGAAUCUAAAAAUGAAUCUAAAAAAUUAUAUGGAGUACAAUUCCACCCUGAAGUUGGCCUUACAGAAAAUGGGAAAAUAAUACUGAAGAAUUUCCUUUAUGAUAUAGCUGGGUGCAGUGGGAACUUUACUGUGCAGAACAGAGAACUUGAGUGCAUUAGAGAGAUCAAAGAGAGAGUAGGCACGUCAAAAGUUUUGGUUUUACUCAGUGGUGGAGUGGACUCAACAGUUUGUACAGCUUUGCUAAAUCGUGCUUUGAACCAAGAUCAGGUCAUUGCUGUGCACAUUGAUAAUGGCUUUAUGAGAAAACGAGAAAGCCAGUCUGUUGAAGAGGCCCUCAAAAAGCUUGGAAUUCAGGUCAAAGUGAUAAAUGCUGCUCAUUCUUUCUACAAUGGAACAACAACUCUACCAAUAUCAGAUGAAGACAGGACCCCACGAAAAAGAAUUAGCAAGACAUUAAAUAUGACUACAAGUCCUGAGGAGAAAAGAAAAAUCAUUGGGGAUACUUUUGUUAAGAUUGCUAAUGAAGUAAUUGGAGAAAUGAACCUGAAACCAGAGGAGGUUUUCCUUGCCCAAGGUACUUUACGGCCUGAUCUAAUUGAAAGUGCAUCUCUUGUUGCAAGUGGCAAAGCUGAACUCAUCAAAACCCAUCACAAUGACACAGAACUUAUCAGAAAGUUGAGAGAAGAGGGAAAAGUAAUAGAACCUCUGAAAGAUUUUCAUAAAGAUGAAGUGAGAAUUUUAGGCAGAGAACUUGGACUUCCAGAAGAGUUAGUUUCCAGGCAUCCAUUUCCAGGUCCUGGCCUGGCAAUCAGAGUAAUAUGUGCUGAAGAACCUUAUAUUUGUAAGGACUUCCCUGAAACCAACAAUAUUUUGAAAAUAGUAGCUGAUUUUUCUGCAAGUGUUAAAAAGCCACAUACACUAUUACAAAGAGUCAAAGCCUGCACGACGGAAGAGGAUCAGGAGAAGUUGAUGCACAUUACAAGUCUGCAUUCACUGAAUGCCUUCUUGCUGCCAAUUAAAACCGUAGGUGUGCAGGGUGACUGUCGUUCCUACAGUUAUGUUUGUGGAAUCUCCAGUAAAGAUGAGCCUGACUGGGAAUCUCUUAUUUUCCUGGCUAGGCUUAUACCUCGUAUGUGUCACAACAUUAACAGAGUUGUCUAUAUAUUUGGUCCAACAGUAAAAGAACCUCCUACAGACGUUACUCCCACUUUCCUGACAACAGGCGUGCUCAGUACUUUACGCCAAGCUGAUUUUGAGGCCCAUAACAUUCUCAGGGAGUCUGGAUAUGCUGGGAAAAUCAGGCAGAUGCCAGUGAUUUUGACACCAUUACAUUUUGAUCGGGACCCACUUCAGAAGCAGCCUUCAUGCCAGAGAUCUGUGGUUAUUCGAACCUUUAUUACUAGUGAUUUCAUGACAGGUAUACCUGCAACACCUGGCAAUGAGGUCCCAGUAGAGGUGGUGUUAAAGAUGGUCACUGAGAUUAAGAAGAUUCCUGGCAUUUCUCGAAUUAUGUAUGAUUUAACAUCAAAGCCCCCAGGAACUACUGAGUGGGAGUAA